AUGAGGCCUGCCUGUCUCUGUCUCUCUUUCUCUGUCUGUCUGUCUGUCUGUCUGUCUGUCUCUCUCUCUCUCUCUCUCUAUCUAUCUGCUGUCUGUGUAUCUGUCUCGGUUUGUUCAUAUAAUCUAUCUAUCUAUCUAUCUAUCUAUCUAUCUAUCUAUCUAUCUAUCUAUCCAUUUGCUGUCUGUGUAUCUAUCUAUGUUUGUUCAUAUAAUCUAUCUAUCUAUCUAUCUAUCUACCUAUCUAUCUAUCUAUCUAUCUAUCUAUCUAUCUAUCUGCUGUCUGUGUAUCUAUCUAUGUUUGUUCAUAUAAAUCUAUCUAUCUAUCUAUCUAUCUAUCUAUCUAUCUAUCUAUCUAUCUGUGUAAUUCUAGUCGAAUCAAUCUAUCUAUCUAUCUAUCUAUCUAUCUAUCUAUCUAUCUAUCUAUCUACCAGCAGCUUUAUAUAUAUAUUAGCAAUUCUGAAUUUGAUUUCAGUUGAGCACUCUGGGAAUCUCACCGUCCUUUCGUCAUCAUCGUUUCAACCGUAA